AGUUGUGGAGACGAACCGCUUUGGCUUCAUUCUAGGGAAUGGAGAAACUGACAGGGAUGGUCCAUGUCCUGAGUUAGUGAGACACCGAGAGUCCAAGUGGCUCAGCCUCAUGACUCAAUGGGAGCAAGUGAUGGAAAAAAAGAGCAACAAGGUCAAAGGUCAGUGUCAGAAGGGCAUCCCAGCAUCGGUCAGGGCAAAGGGCUGGCCACUGCUCUGUGGAGCUAAGGAUAGAAAAGAAAAAAAUGAGAGACUCUAUGAACGUCUAGUCAAAGCUCCAGAUCAUCAGGGAUGGACCGAUAUCAUCAAAAGAGACACAGACAGACAGUUUCCCUUCCAUGAGAUGUUCCUGUCCAAAGAUGGCCAUGGUCAGAAGGACUUGCUGGAGGUCCUGAAAGCGUACACUCAGUAUCGCCCAGACGAGGGCUACUGUCAGGCGCAGGGUCCGGUGGCUGCUGUCCUUCUGAUGAACAUGCCUGCUGAGGAGGCGUUCUGGUGUCUGGUGCAGAUUAGUGAGCUCUACCUCCCUGGAUACUACAGCCCUCUGCUGGAAGGUGUUUUAUUCGAUGCUGCUGUUCUCUCAAGCAUUUUAAAAAAACAGUGUCCAGCUGCACACAAACACCUACAGAAUCAGGGGGUGGAGCCUCUGAUGUUUGCCACUGAUUGGCUGAUGUGUUUGUACAGCCGUCACCUGCCCUUCGACACUGUACUCAGAGUCUGGGAUCUCUUUUUCUGCUAUGGUGUGCGUGUUUUGUUUCAGGUCGCUGUGGUGCUGGUGCGUCGAUGUCUGGGAGAAGGACGGCUGCGAAAGGAGUGUGACGGACAGAUGGAAACGCUGGAGAGAUUGCGAGGUGUUAAACAGCGUGUUCAACAUGAGCAGGCUGAUGCCUUUAUCCAUGAGGUAUGUUCGGUGUCCCUGUCCUUGACGGACCUGCAAAAACAAACUGAGAAAGAGCUGGAGAAAUGGAAAAAAGAGAGACCAAACUCGACCUUUGACCCGCGUGGGCGAUGUCACGGAUGCCGGAUGGUUUGGGAGAGAACACAGGAAAAACCAAAGGGGAGCCUGACUCUUCCUCUCACACGCUCACAAUCUUCACUUUCUCCUUUGGUUCUGCGCAAGAAAUGGAGGAAGAGGAGCAGUAAGAGUGACAUGGAGGAGUGGGAUGGAGGGGGAAGAAAACUCACACGAAGCGUGAUGGAGGAGAGCGAUGAGGAGGAGGUGAGGAGGAGGAGUGUGUGCGGUAUCGUUGGGGAGCAAAGGGCCAAACGGGACAGGCUUGCAGACGAACUCUGCUCACACAAAGAUCACAACACACAUCCUAAAAUCUCAGUGGUGGUGUCCUCCAGCAUUGACUGUGAUGAUUUUGAGAAAGAGCAUACAGAAACGUCUUUGAACCAACAGAAGGAUCCUUUAGAAACAACACGAGGUGAUGAGAACGAAAGGGCCGCUGCUUGUGUGGUUGAGGAGAGCAUACAGACACUUCACCAUAUAGAGGACACAAAUCAAGAUGCACAGAUUAUAGAAACACAAGGACAUCCGGUUGAACAGAAGACAGAAAUAGACAAAAAUCAAGAUGAUCAGAACACAGAAGCACCAACAAAUCAAAAUGAACACAAUACAGACAAACAGACGUGUCAAGAUGAACAGACUGUGGAGACUGAAAGAAUUUUAGAGCCAAGUGAAGAAAGUACAUCACAGGAAGAAGACAUACAGUCUGACUCCAGUAAACAGGAAGAGGAAAUACAACCACACAGCAACAUCCAGGAAGAAGAUAUACAAACAGAACACUGCAAACAAGAAGAAGAAACAGAAGAUAGGUUGCCAAACCUCAUAACGACUGAAGAAAAUGAGGAAAAUAUUCCAGAGAAAGAGGUACAGAUACAUGUUGUUCAGGAGGAAGAGAGGUCUCAAACAUCUGGUGAUCAACAUGAAGAACAAGAACAUUCAGAAAGCCAGAGAGAAGAUUUGUUAAUUGACACAAUUAUAGAGGAAGAUGAGGAGACUCAGCUUAUUGGUGAAAACCAUACUGAUGCAGACAAGGAGGAAGGGAUUCAGCAAGAGUUUGAUCUUCUUCCUGAGGAGACCACAGAGAUAUCAGACCCUUCAAACAUGUGUGAGGAAAAAGAUGAUGAGAGACAACAUACAAGCUUUGAGGAGAGCGACAGUCACUCUCGUAGUGGUACAGAGACACUGCAACCGCCUGAAAUAGUGCUAACAUCAUUUUCUUUAAAAACUGAACAAGAAAUUGAAACUGAGCAUCUGGAUGGACCAACAGAUCCCCAACAGCAAUCCCAAUCAGGUGACCGAGAGCACAGUGAUGUGGAUACUACUGUUACUUCCAGAGAGUUGAAGCAUUGUCCAACAGAUUCCACUGUGGAGGAUACAGAAGGAUCUGACAACCCAGAGCAGAGUGAAGUGGAUUCUGCUGAUGACACCAACAUCCUUGAACCUCAGGAAAAGGGUGCAGCAUCUAGACACUCUUUUGCCAUAUGUGAUAAAGAAAUCAGUGAGAUUAAUCCUGAAAGCAGUGAAGUAAGUAAUUCACCUGAAUCUGAAAUCAUAGAAAGUUGUGAAAUCAAUACUGAUGAAUCAAGCAACCUCACAAACAAUGUAGAGGAUGAUACUGGUAGAUCAGUCCUUGCAGAAAGCAAUGAAACGCAUGCUGCUCCUGGAUCAGAAAGCCUUGAAUGCAACACAGUAGUUAUUACUGCUGAUUCUGGCAAACUAGAAAGCAAUAGUCUGGAAAUUGCUGUUGGAUCUGGCAACCCAGAUAGCAACAGUGUCCCUGUUACAAGUGAAUCCGGAAACCCAGAGCAGAGGGAAGUGGAUUCUGCUGAUAGUAAACAUGAAAACAAUGAUGUGAAUGUUACAACUGAAUUUGGGAACCUUGAAUGCACCAUGACAGAUGUUACCAUUGAAACUGAAAAAAUAGAAAGCGAUGGCAUGGAUGUUGCUGUUGGAUCUGACAAUCCAAAGAACAAUAUAACUGGUUCUCCUGUUGAAAACCCACAAUGUAAUGAUGUACAAAUUACAACGGGAUCUGGCAACACAGAGAACAAUAUAGUGGAUUCUGUUAUUGGAUCUGGCAACCCGGAUCACAAAGAAGUACAUGUCACAACUGAAUCUGACAACUCAGAGACCAAUAUAGAGCAAGUGACCACUGGAUCUGACAACCCAGAAUGCAAUGAUGUGCCACCUACAAGUGAAUCUGGCAACCCUGAAAACAAUAUAGUGGAUUCUGUAGUUGGAUCUAGCAAUCCAGAUUACAAAGAAGAUUAUAUUACAUCCAGUUCAGAAAACUCCGAGACCGACAAAGAGCACGUAAGCUCUGGAUCAGGCAACCCUGAGUGUAAAAACGAGGAUUGUGCCGCUGAAUCUGGCAACCCUCAUAACAAUGAAUGUGCAGUACCAGGAAACAGCCAGGGGUUAGAGUCACCCUCUUCAAAUUCAAUUUCAAAAUCCCCAAACCCAAAUGUCCCACCAGCUCACCUCAGCACCUCGCAGGUUUCCUAUCCCACAAUCCUCUCUGAGGACACCUUCAAAGAGCAACAGCAGCAAGAACUCACACAUUCAGAACAGACAACACCCUCACCGACUCAAGAAACAGUCCCUCAGCCCACCUCACCAACAAAGUCUGUUCCUCCAAAACGUCUGGGUCUGUUUAGCCGUCUCCGAGGGGAGACCAAUAAAACCCCCAUCCCCAAAAUCCUCAUCCAGGACUUUAGCGAGAAAGAGGAGAAGCUGACGGCAAAAGAGAGGCGGCGGCGAAAGAGAGACAAAGAGCGAAAAGAAAGAGAAGAGAAAGACAGAAAGAAACGAGAGAAGGAAAUGGAAAAGGACAAAGAAAAAGAAAGGAAAAAGCCUCAGCCAAGAGGAAAGAGCUUCCAGGUGCUCAGCAGGAAAGGUGCUGAUAAUGCUGAGACCCCCGGGAACAGUGACUCUCAGACGUCUCACGACAGGAGAAACUCCUUUUUCUGAAGGGUAUUUUAAAAUGAUCACAGACUCAAUCACAUAUUUGUAUUCCACAGUGGGAGUGAGAUGUUUUAAUGUGACUUGUGCAAUGAUUUGAUGUGGUUUGUUAUAUUCACAUAUUCACAUCUCUUGGUUUAAAACCAUAAUUAUUUUCAUAGAAAAAUAAAAUCAAGUGGAGACAUUUGU